UUAUUACUUCGCAGAACCCAGCCACGCCAUGGUCAUGAUUCUGACAAUCUUAUUAUUUAGUAUGAUGGUGGAAGAAGACACAAAUAAUAACAUAUUCUUGUGUAAUUUUUGUAGUAAUACUCUAGGUUACCGUAAAUUAGUGUCUUAACUCUGUAAUUUAUAUAUGUAUUAUAAACCAGUACUAUAUAUGUGCUAUGAAAUUUUUCUGCAUCCUGGCUGCGGCCUAUGAAGUAUCUAUAGCACAGCAAGGAGUAAACUGUUAACACGUUAUGUGCACACCGCAUUGUAGGCGGCGUAAAUUAAUGGCAGAACCAAAAUGUAAGAGAAGGGAGAGAUUGCUGUCAUGGAGCUCAGAUGCGCCAUACAGAAAUAUGCAUGGGGAAAACGUGGGCGGAAUAGUGAAGUGGCUCUGCUGAACUGUGGUGGAGAUCCAGACUUCAUGAUUGAUGAUGCCAUGCCAUAUGCAGAACUGUGGAUGGGAACUCAUCCAAAUGGACCCUCAAUUUUGAAAAAUUCCAGCCAGAAACUUGAUGACUGGAUAAAAGCCCAUCCUGAAAGUCUUGGAGCCAAAGUCACAAAGAAAUUUGGAGCGCAGCUUCCAUUUCUGUUCAAAGUACUGUCCAUCAGUCAAGCAUUAUCAAUUCAGGCUCACCCAGACAAGAUACUUGCUGAGAAACUUCAUUGUGAGCAUCCAGAUAUUUACAAGGAUCCAAACCACAAGCCAGAACUUGCCAUUGCACUUACUCCUUUUGAAGCUUUGUGUGGCUUCAGACCUACUGAAGAAAUAAAGAAGUUUUUAAAAGUGGUGCCAGAACUGAGAACAGCUGUUGGACAGGAAGUGGUUAGUAAGCUGCUUACGAGUGAUGAAGCUGGAAUACAUCAUGCCCUAAAGAACUGCUUUCACUCCCUGAUGACAUGCCCCAGAGAAACAAUAAAGACCCAGCUACAAAUACUAUUGAGAAGACUGGCAUCCCUAGAUGAGAGUUCUCUGGCUGACCACGAUGCUACACUCCUGAAGCUGCAUCAGACUUACCCAGGAGAUGUUGGUUGUUUCAGUGUUUACUUCCUGAAUCUUCUUACUCUGCAACCUGGUGAAGCUUUGUACCUUGGCCCUAAUGAGCCACAUGCGUAUUUGUAUGGAGACUGUAUAGAGUGCAUGGCGUGCUCCGACAAUGUUGUUCGUGCAGGCCUCACGCCAAAAUAUAAAGAUGUGGACACACUGUGCAUUAUGCUCACAUACAGUUGUGAGCCUUCAAAUGAAAAACGUUUCCAAGGCAUCCAAGAAGACAUGUACACACUGAGAUUUUGCCCACCAGUUCCAGACUUUUCUGUGGCUAAAAUUAAUGUACCUUCUGGCAUUACAGAAUAUGCCCUCAUUCCACGGGACAGUGCUUCUAUUCUCAUUGUGAUCAGUGGACAAGCAACUGCUGGUGACAUUGUGUUAGAACGUGGGACCGUCAUUUUCCUUCCAUCAAACCAAGUGCUUGAUAUACAAUGUGGUGACAGAGCAGAAGCAUUACUUAUGUUCCAAGCAAUGUGUAAUGUAUAGUAUGACAGGUGCAUGAUUAUAUAAACAAAAUGCUAUUUUAUUUCUAUAUUUUCAUAUCUCUCACUUUGCAUUGAAAAUGCAUUUUGAAAAACAAUGUAAGCAUGCUGAAUAUAAUAAAAAAGUGGGUUCUACUGAUGUA